AUGAUUCAAUCAGUUAAACAUCAUGUUCCAGAUAGCGCUUUUUCGAGUCCAUUGUCAUCUUCAACGGCGAGCAGCAGCAGCGGAAGAAACAGUGACACGGAUGAAAGCCCAGCGACAUCGUUUAGAUAUGACUUUCAAGAUGUUAAAUUCAAGAUUUUGAACAUGCCCGUGUCGAGUUUUCAUUCGUAUAAAUUGUUGGCAAAUCUACCGGGACACAUUGGAUCAGUUUCUUGUCUGGCUUUAUGUGGAGAAUUUAUCUUAAGUGCUUCACAGGGCAAGGACAUCAUAGUAUGGCAACAGCCUGAUUUGAGACAGUUUACAAAGUUUGGACAAGGAGAGGGCUCGGUUAAGGCCCUUGUCACUGCUGGGAACAAAGUGUUUACAGCACAUCAAGAUAGUAGAAUUAGAGUGUGGAAGGUUUCAAGAAGUUCCGAAAAUUUGUUCAGGCUUGUUGAUACUCUCCCCACUACUAAGGACUAUUUGGGGAACUUCAUGAAGCAAAGCAAUUACGUGCAAACAAGGCGACAUCAUAAGCGUUUGUGGAUUGAACACGCGGAUAGUAUUUCUUGCUUGGCUGUCUCUAACGAUUUAAUUUACUCUGGAUCAUGGGAUAAGACUCUCAAGGUUUGGAGGAUGUCGGAUUUCAAGUGUUUGGAAUCAAUAAAAGCCCAUGAGGACGCAAUCAAUGGUCUAGUUGCUUCCAAGGGGAUUGUGUAUUCUGCAUCAGCAGAAGGGAAGAUCAAGGCCUGGGGGAAGGAGGGGAAGACUAAUAAGCAUUUGCUCAAGGGAACCUUGGAGGGGCAUAAGGAUAUAUCAGUGAAUUCAAUAGUUGUGUCUGAGGAUGGAAAUUUGGUUUAUGGAGGGGGUUCAGAUGGUUAUAUAAUGGGAUGGUUGGGGAAUAAGGAUUUUGAUAGUUGGAGGGUAAUUUGUGGGAUGAAAGCGCAUAAAAUGGCGGUUUUGAGUAUGUGCCUAAUGGGGGAGUUUUUGUGCAGUGGAUCAGCAGAUAAGAGUAUUAGUAUAUGGAAAAGAGAGAUCAAUGGAGGCUUAUUUAGAACAAUGAUAAUUAAAGGCCAUGAAGGGCCAGUUAAGUGCUUGCAGGCAUCUCCAACAAGAGUAGGGGGUGGAUUCAUGCUCUAUAGUGGAAGCCUUGAUAAAAGUCUCAGAGUUUGGUGGGUUCCAAAUUAUUGUUCAACAGCGCAGAUCACUUCUUCAAUUGAAGGUACAACAAAAAUUUCAACAGUUUUCAUUUAA